AUGGCAGUAAUUGACAGUAAUACCAAUGAUAAUAAUGAUAAUAAUGAUAAAACUGAUAAUAACGACAAUGAUGAUAAUAAUGACAAUAAUGAUGAUGAUAAUGACAAUAAUAGUGAUAGUGGCAACGUUAAUUAUAGAGAUAAUAAUGUGAUAACAAUAGUGAUAAUAAUAAUAAUAGCAAUAAUAACAACAACAAUAAUAAUGCACUAUAAUUAG